CACACACACAAAAACACAAACAAUAUCACAAAAUGGCACAAAUGACUUUCUCAUUGUUGGUCCUCUAUCUCACCAUCUUAGCUUGUCUUCUCAGCACAAUCGAGGCGCGUUCACGGGCAAGGGCAUACCUUGAGGCACAAUGUCGCUCCACGUUAUACACUAAUCUAUGUGUCCGGACUCUUUUACCCCAUGCUAACAAAUACGAUCUACCAAGUCCGCAAAAAAUAGCCCAAAUUUCACUAACCACAUGUCUAGCCAAAGCGCGGUUCACAAAGGCUUAUGUGAAUAUGGUUGCGAAAGAGCUAAACAAAACGAAGAAUCCAGGUGAGUACGAAGCCCUAGAGGAGUGCUUGUACCAAAUCAACAAUGGAGUGAAUCAAAUAACUCAAUCCGUCAAGGAGUUGCAACAAAUGGGCAAAGACGGGGAGGAGAAUUUCGGGUGGCACGAGAGUAACGUGCAAAGUUGGGUUGGCGCGGCCUUAACAGACGCCACGGCUUGCAUGGAUGGAUUUUUGGGGGAUAAGAUUGGGAGCAAGACAAAAAGUAUGAUCAAAACAAGGUUUUUGAAUGUGAAAGAACUUGCUAGCAAUUCUCUUGCGUUGCUCAAUCGAUUUACAGCUAGGCAUCGUGCUUCUCGUGCCAUCAAGAACCCGUAAGAGUCUCAUAUAUAACAAUAUAUAUUUCGUAUUGAAACCCUAUGUAAUAUUAAGUUAGUUUGUGGUGCUUGUUAAUUAAUUCUUUGUUGUUUGUAAUAUGUCCAAGGUAUAUAAAUGUAAUUGUCGAUGUACUAUGUUAAUAUGAAGUUUUGAGAAAGGUAUACAAUCUUAUAAAUAGUGUUUUCAAAA